AGGUGUGGAUCAGAAGAAAUGAUGGAGAAGUGUCACAAUCUGUGCUGGAGAACAGUUACGCAUGCCAAGAUGUAGAAGACACUUUUGGAAAUUCAGGGGCCAUGAAGGAAAACGGAAACCUGACUGGUGAAAGGAAUGAAACUUUCGCUAAUUUGGACAUUGGUUCCCAUGAAAUUUCAGUCCACCCAGACCUCCCAAAAGAUGGAAAAAACCACGAGGCUUCUUCCUACGUAGAAAGUUGGGAUGAAACGUCAGAUAGGAACAUGCAUUGGAAAACCCACCCAGGAGAGAAGCCGUUUCAAUGUCUUGAAUGUGGGAAGAGUUUUGGUAGGAACUCCGAACUGAUUAGGCACAAAAGGCUUCAUGCAGGAGAGAAACCCUACGAAUGCCCCGAGUGCGGAAAGAGCUUCAGCCAAAGCAGAAACCUCACUUCCCAUCAAAGGAGCCACACGGGAGAGAAGCCUUACAAAUGCUUGGAGUGCGGGAAGUGUUUCAGUAACAGCGGCAUUCUCACUUCCCACCAGAGGAGCCACACCGGAGAGAAACCCUAUCAAUGUUCAGAGUGCGGGAAGUGCUUCAGCCAAAGCGGCAUUCUCAUGGCGCACCAAGCCAUGCACACAGGACAAAAGCCCUUCCCAUGCCUGGAGUGCGGGAAGAGGUUCCGCCAGCUCAUACACCUUACCUCCCAUGAGAGAAUCCACACGGGAGAAAAACCCUUCCGGUGUACGGAGUGCGGGAAGAGUUUCCGUCAACAUAUACACCUGACUUCUCACCAGAGAACCCACACGGGAGAGAAACCCUUCCGGUGCCAAGAGUGCGGGAAGACCUUCAGCCAGAGUUCACACCUGAUUCGGCACGAAAGGACCCACACAGGAGAGAAGCCAUUUAAAUGCCUCUUGUGCGCAAAGAACUUCAGUCACAGCUCUGAACUGGUUCGACACGAAAGAACCCACACAGGGGAGAAACCCUUUAAAUGUCCCGAGUGCGAGAAAAGCUUCAGUCGCAGCUCUGAACUCAUUCGACAUAAAAGAAUCCACACCGGGGAGAAACCCUAUAAAUGCUUGGAAUGCGACAAGAGCUUCGUCGACAGCACGAACCUUAUUAGGCACCAGAUAAGCCACACGGGGGAGAAACCGUACAAGUGUCCAGAGUGUGGGAAAUGCUUCAGUCAGAGCAGAAGCCUUAUGGCACAUCGACGGAUUCACACAGGCGAGAAGCCCUUUAAGUGCCAGGAGUGUGGGAAAUGCUUUAGUCAGAGUGGGAUCCUUGCCGCACACCAAGGCAUGCACACGGGACAGAAACCCUUUAAAUGUGUGGAGUGUGGAAAGAGGUUUCGUCAGCACAUCCACCUGACCUCCCACCGAAGAAUUCACACGGGUGAGAAGCCGUUUAAAUGCCCGGAUUGUGGAAGGAGCUUCCGUCAGCACAUACACCUCACCUCUCACAAAAGGAUUCACACCGGGGAGAAACCUUUCCAGUGCCAGGAGUGUGGCAAGAGCUUCAGUCACAACUCCAUCCUUAUUUCUCAUGUGAGAACCCACACCGGAGACAAACCUUACAAAUGCUUGGAGUGUGGAAAGAGCUUCACCUGGAGCAACCUCCUGAUUAGACACGAACGAACUCACACGGGGGAGAAACCUUUUAAAUGCCCAGAGUGUGGCAAGGGCUUUAGUGAGAGAUCACUUCUUAGUAAGCACCAGCGGCGUCACACCAGGGAAAAACCCUUCAAAUGUUUGGAGUGUGGAAAGAACUUUUUCUCUAGCACGCUUCUUAUUCGACAUCAGAGGACUCACACAGGGGGGAAACUACUGAAUACUUGGAGUGUGGAAAACCCAUCAGGAAUUGUUUGAGACGACAAGAAUUUGAAGAGGAGAAAAUUAUUAGUCGUGAUCAGAAUGGGACAAAAGUUGUCAUGCCCUUUGUCCAGCAAUUAUUUACCAAAAAUUUGCAGAGUAAGGCACCAUAAUUAUUCUUUUUGUGGAAUAAGAGUUUUUGUCUUAGCACAGUAUCUCAUCAGGAAAUCCCAAGAGGCAAAUGUGAAGCGGAAGUGCACAAAGCAAGGCAGGAUAGCUAUAUAUUUCUCAGAAACUAAACCAUCAUAAAUCUAUCAUUUUUGUCUAGGUCCUCUUGACUUCCUUGAGAAGAGUGAAAUUGAAGAAACUCACUAAUUUAACAUUUAUGAUUCCAGUAUGUUUCUUAGUCACUUCAGCUAAGAUUCUGUAGGUCAGUAUUUCUCAAACUUUAAAAUGCCUGGAGUCCAACUCCCAGAAUUAGAAUUAGGGGUGGUUGGAGUCCAGACAUCCUAUAGUUGUUAGAGUGAACAUGUAUGAUUGAAAACUUUUCUGCACUACGUCUUCUUGUACGAAAGUCACUCCUUGCCAUUUCUGUUUAUUUUCCUGUUUUUAAAUUUCAUUUGGGAUCAUAAUAGGCCAGAGGCUCCCAACCUUUUGGGCACCAGGGACUGGUUCCGUGCAGAAGGUUUUUCUGCGGACCAGAGGAGUCAUGGUUUUGUGU